AUGGGCAUGACUGCUGGUAGAGUGCCUGGCCUUUCGCCUACCGACACUAAUGGCAUCAGGCGUUAUUAUCGUCCUGAGGGUAAGUCUGGCGGUCAUGGAGUCGGCUGGACUGAGAUAACACCCUAUACAUUCGACGUUUACGAGGGCUGGGAGGAGGUCCCUGUUUCGAUUGCAGAUCCAGGGGGUACUGAAAUCGACGCACGUUUUAACAGUGAUCUGGACGGAGGGCUUAAGAUUGUCCUUGCUCCUGUUCUUCAGGGAGAAAAUCCCGGAAUUGAAGAGCUGAUUCCAAUUGAUCGAUUCAUGUCUGGUUUUGGCCCAGAGUUGACACAAAAUCCUGUUGAGGCUGAUGAUAUUAUAGAUGUUUCCACUGAUGUUCGAAGUGGUUUAAAGUACUACAACUUCGAGCUGCGAAAUCACACGCUGGUUGCAGCGACAGUGUGGAAGAAAAGAGUUUUCAUCAUGUGCCUCCAAGCUCCCCCACGGCUUUGGCGCAAUAGCGCAGAGAAGCUGAGAAAAACUAUGAAAUCUUUCACUGUGCUUACAGAGCUUUCAUGAAGUAUACCUGUUUUAAAAUAUGAGAAUUUAAAAUUGAAC